GGGUGGUGAAGGGAGGUUGUGUGUACGUAACGCAGGACACAGUAUAAUACUAAACUGAUUUUAUUAUCAGUGUGUUUAAUUUUUUCAUUAAAAUUGUUCGAUCAACGAAUAAGCUAAUUAUCUUCCAAUGGCAGGUCGCAGCGGAGCUCAACGACCAAAUGGAGCAACGCAGGGUAAGAUCUGUCAGUUCAAGUUAGUUUUACUUGGGGAGUCAGCUGUUGGAAAAUCCAGUUUGGUUCUUCGGUUUGUUAAGGGACAGUUUCAUGAAUAUCAAGAAAGUACUAUUGGAGCUGCAUUUUUGACACAGACUGUGUGUCUCGAUGACACAACAGUCAAAUUUGAGAUUUGGGAUACAGCUGGCCAAGAACGAUAUCACAGCUUAGCACCUAUGUAUUACAGAGGGGCACAAGCAGCGAUUGUGGUUUAUGACAUUGUAAAUCAGGACACGUUCAGUCGAGCAAAAACAUGGGUUAAAGAGUUACAACGUCAAGCCAGUCCAAACAUUGUGAUUGCAUUAGCAGGGAAUAAAGCAGACUUGGCCAAUAAACGGGCUGUGGAAUAUGAAGAAGCACAAGCAUAUGCUGAAGAAAAUGGUCUCCUUUUUAUGGAGACUUCUGCAAAGACAGCUAUGAAUGUAAACGAUAUUUUCUUGGCUAUAGCUAAGAAGUUACCUAAAAAUGAACAGUUGGCAAGUGGUUUAUCUGGGCAAGGAAGACGAGGGGUAGAUUUGAGUGAAAAUCAACAGCAAACCAGCAGUGGAUGUUGCAAAUGAUGAGAAGUAUUAUAUUAUUCUGGACAUGAAUUUCCCUUUCUAGCAUUUGGCCCUGAUGUAAUGUACAUUGGAAAAUUGUGUAUAUACAUUUUCCAUCUUUAAAAAAAAAAACAUGUGGCUCUGAAAAAAAAAAGAUGACCACACCAUUAGUACUCUAUAGGCAUAAGAUAACACAGAGAAAAGGUUAAUCAUAAUGUAUUAUUUCAUAUGAAAAAAAUAUCUUAAAAUAUAAAAUCUUAACUAGCAAUUUAUGUGUAUUAAGAAAAAACUGGGAGCAAACCUUUUCUAAUUUAUAAAUCAUGAAAAAAAAAUUUAAUCUGAUUUAUGAAAUGUUGCUUGGACUUCUUUGGUAUAUAAUGUCAUUUUUGUUUUUCUCACAUUAGGUUUUUUUUUGUUGUUGUUGUUGAGAUAAAUGUAUCAUAGCCCCAAUUUAAAUAUUCAGAUUACUUAUCAUAUAUUUCAUGAACAAAAAGGAGUAAAGAAAAGUUAUGAUAGGUUAAAACAUUGUAUUAAUACUUGUCUGAUAAUUCUUUACUGUAUAUAGAUAGUAAAUAAGAACAUGAUAGAGACAUGUGAGGCAUAAUCAUACUUCUACUGUAUUAUCUCAAAAAAUGUAAAAGUUAUUAUAGGAAGAUUAUAUUUAUAAGUUAAUGUGAAUUAUCCUGAUGAGUGUAAUAAAAUAACUUACAAAGUGUGCAUAAACAAUAAAAGUGUGUUACUGGCCUCGUGCUUUAAUAGAUGACAGCUUACUUGCUUAUUAGUAUUAUAUUCUUUGUAUAUGUAUAUACAUAAAGGAUCUUUUGUCUGUUGUUAGGUUUAAAAACUAAUUAUUUUUAGACUUUUGAUAGGUUGAAAUGUGUGAUAUAUACACACAUACACACGUAUUCAAGAAACUUAAAAGUUCUGUUUUAUUUUGACAGCUUUAUCUAUUGACAACGAUAAGCUGCUAUUAAACACUUGAUACUUGAUAGAAAAUGAGUUAGUGUAUGUGAGAAUGAUUGCAUUAUUAUACUUGAUAUGGAAGAGAUGUUAGAAAGCUAAUAAUGUUCUCUAAUUGCAGUUCAGUUUAUAUCACACACUAUUCAGGCCUUUUAAAAACUAUUUUAUUUACAUGUCAUAGUUACACAAAAUAAUCAAGCUAAUUAUGUGUUUUCAAUUUCUAGUUUGUAAACUAAAAUAUCUGUGGCUGGAAUGGAAAUACACAAUGUCAGGUUCUUAUUUUAUAUAUAAUGUAAUUAUAAUAAUUAUGAAGAAUCAGUUUUUUUGGCAAUUAAAUAGUUUAACUUGUCUAUGUCAUUCACUAGGAAAAAAUAACUCUUCUUUAUUUGUAUUGAAGAAACCAUCAUCAUUAAAGGAUGUGGAAUCUUCUUUCCACCAAAAAUAUUGUAGAAACACAACUGCAUAUAUAGACUCAACUUAUCGUUAUGGAAUCAUAGUUCCAUACCUGAAUUAAAAAACAUUUCUUUCGUGAUAUGAAUACAAUAGUUUGUGUAAAAAAAUAGAUUUUUUUCUGUUGUUCAUUCUUCAGUGUAAAGUCUAAAAAAGCUUGCUUUUGUGUAUUUUAUGUUAGCUUUCUUAGAAAGCGUACUUCAUUAGAGAUGUGUGCGUGUGAAGGUAGCCACGAAAUUAUAAUUUUGAUUGCAUAAUACUUAAUUUUAGACAAAAACUGUAGAUCUCAAUUUGCAAAUUAAAUAUAUAAUUCUUUAAUACACACAUAAUUUACAGCACUGCAGUAUAGUGUGUUUGUGUACAUGAUCAAAGUAGAAAUUGGGUUUUGAUACCUGCGGUGGGCAGAGAUAGCCCAUUGUGUAGCUUUGUGCUUAACUUCAAAUAAAACAAAUACAUGAACAAAACUUGAAAAUUAUUAUUUGGUGUUAUGAAGUCCUGGAACUUUUUUGAUAAUCAAAACUCUUCAUUUACUGUUUUUUUCUUUAUAUUAUAUGACUUAUGAAAAAAAUAACAUUAUUGAUGUAAAACUGGAACUUAAAAAAUGUACAAUGUUAAUUCUGAAAUUGAUGUCAUACCAUAAUUGUGUUUUUGAUGGUUAUCAUUAUUUUCAUGUAAAGAUUGUGAUAAUGAAGAAAUUGGUAUUAAUUUACUUUAUGCUUCAAAUUGUUUGAUAAACUUAAAACUGAAGAUAUGUCAUAUAUGGGUAAAAAUAUGCUACUACACACUCUGAACAAUAAACAAAAUAUGAAAGUUGCCUCCACUAUCUGAUACUUGUGUUUUGUUUCUCUUUAGGUUUGUAAAAUAAAACUCACUUUGUAUCUGAAAGUCUAAUAAAAGUACACUGUCAACUUAAA